AACUUGUCCUUAAAAAAAUUAAUUGUUAUUUUUAUGUCCAUAUCUUAGUUUGUCUCCAAUUAAGCUGAAUUUUUUGCUCUUUCUCCUUCAGUGUGCAGAAUCAAGUUCUACGAGCAAUUCGUUUUACACGUCGACUGACGAUUCACAAAACACCAGCGAUGAUGAAAAUUUAGAACUAACAUCGACACCCAAUGAAAAGGGAAAAUCUCCCAAGGAUUUUUGUAUCAUGGACGAGGCGAUAGAACUGGGCAUUGCUAAAGAAAAAACACAAGGUGCCAGUUGGUCCGUUAAAGAAGAGAAAUGUCGGGGAAAACAGCCGUCAAAAACGCUUCCUCUUGGAUGGCUAUCAAAGUUCCAGCUUCCAUCGAGAUUCUCUGCCUCAGUAGAGUUAGGUAUCCAGGAGGGAUACCUCAGUGCAAACCAGAAAAGUGAAUUGGUCCGGGAUGUUUGUACAAGCAUCAACCACUUCACCAGCCACCCAAAGCGCUCUGAGAGGCAAUGGAUAGCUAAAAAAAUUGUGGAAGAGUAUCCAUGUAUGGCUGGCACGAAACUAGUUGACUCAGACACUGAAUGGGGCUAUUUGGAGGUCAAGAUUUUCAACAGGAUGAAAAAAAUCCAAAAACCUAAACAUCCAGCCAAUCCUGCUGAAGCUGGUCCCUCUAAGGCCAAAAGGCAAAAAAAAGAUUUCAGUAUUUGGGCACAGCAGCCAGACUUACCUGCAGGUGAGACUCUGGCAACUUUAAAAGCCUUUGCUGAGGAAAAUCGCAAUGAAGUCAGGAGAAACCCCCGAAAGCACAAAGCUCAUAAGGAUUUCAUGGAUAAAACAUUCCCCCUCCGCCGCCAUGAAAUCAUAACUGCCCCUAAAUUGGUGAAGGCUGUGUUGAUGGAGUACCCAUCUCUGAAAUACUUCAUCCAUUUAAAAGCUGAGCUGUGUAGAAUAUUCAAUGAUGAUAACAUCCCAACCAAAUUGCGGGAAAAAUACCUUAUGUGGCAGCAGCAUAUCCUAAAAUAUGCUGCUGCUAGCAAAGAUAAGGUGGUCAAUGAGGUAAUGGAUGGAAUGGAAGCUGCCCUUAGUGAAGAGGGAUGCAACAGAGAAGAAAUUAAAAGUAGGACAUCCCUGCUGGUCAUCAACAAAGUUCUGCGCCAGCGGAGUGGAAAGAAAAGGGGACUUCAAGAAGAAGUUGUGACCAUUUUGGAGAGAGAAGCUGAUGUUGAUUCAGCAGUUAUAGAUUACAUCCAGCCACAAAUUGUUAUUGUUGGAGAUAUUUAUGACAUUGAUCUCCUGUAUAUAGUCACAGAGGGGAGUAUUAUUUGUCAGCUCCCACAAGAAAAAAUUAUUGAUGCUGUCAUUGGGUUACUUGGCUCAUUUUAUGUUUUUAAUGUCUCCUACAAUCAGUCAAAGGCAAUUUUGACUUUUUUAGAGCAAGCAUUGCUUGAAAUUGGGCGUGGGCAGACUCUUGUUACUGUUUCCUCCUUUUUCAAUGACUUGGCAAAUGCCUGAGGUAGAAUCAAACAAGAUUUAUACUCUUGUGCAGGAGCAGGACAAUUUGUUGUGGUUGUGUUAUUUUGAUAAUUUUCUGUACUUCAAAAAAUUCAGUCAGUCUUGAUUAUAAGCUGCCUCACAUUAUCACAUUUGCUGAGUCAUUGAAAAGGGAAGCUUUAGUUACAAGUGUCUCGUGAAAUUUCUAGCAAUGUUUGCAAUUUUGAGAAGUAUACUGAUUUAGUGAAGAGAUAUAUUUUAGAAACUGGUUGCAUUAAUGUUAAAAAUGUAUUGUCCUAUUCUUUCAAAUGUUUGUCUAAGAUUCUUCAUAACUUUAAA